UGCAGUUCUUCGUCUGACCGGUAGGGGGUUUCUACACGGCGUGCUGGAUCUAGUCUGCCGAACAUUUCUGCAGAAGAAGAAAAGAAGCAGCUGGUGCUGGGCGGAGCUCUGAUGAGGAAGAGGAACCAAAACAAGAUAACUUCGCCAGAAUAACAGUUAUAUUUGUAGAAAUGGCUUGUAUCUUCCUCACGUUGAGUCCCUAAGUGUCAGAGCUCAAAAGUGAUUGCAUGAAGCUUUUGGGUACAACUGUUAAUUUAUACGACUGAGGACCACCAUGGAGGAGACGAGUCGGGAGGCGGUUGCUACGGCAGUGCAGCGCGUGGCGGGGAUGCUGCAGCGGUCGGACCAGCUGGACAAAGUGGAGCAGUACAGGAGAAGAGAGGCCCGCAAGAAGGCCUCUGUGGAAGCCAGGCUGAAGGCAGCCAUCCAGUCACAACUGGAUGGGGUUCGCACCGGACUGACCCAGUUGCACAGCGCUCUGCUGGACGUCAAAGACAUCCAGGGCUCGCUGGCUGAUGUGAGUAAAGACUGGAGGCAGAGCAUCAACACCAUCGAGAACCUGAAGGACGUCAAGGAUGCCGUAGUUCAACACAGUCAGCUGGCCUCAGCCGUGGAAAACCUCAAAAACAUUUUCUCUGUCCCGGAGAUCGUGGCGGACACGCAGCAGCUGAUCGAGCAGGGCGAGCUGCUGCAGGCUCACAGGAAGCUGAUGGAACUGGAGUGCUCCCGGGACGACCUCAUGUACGAGCAGUACCGCAUGGACAGCAAGAACACCAGUGACAUGAACCUCAUCUCCAUCUACUUUGAAGAUGUCCAGGGGUUGUCAGACGAGCUGGCCAAGCAACUGUGGAUGGUUCUGCAGAGGUCCAUGGUGACGGUUCGCCGUGACCCUACGAUGCUGGUGUCGGUGGUCCGUAUCAUCGAGCGGGAGGUGAAGAUCGAUCGGCGUAUGGUCGACCGGAAGAAGCAGAGUGGCUUCAUCCCUCCAGGGAGACCCAAACGCUGGAAGGACAAGAUGUUCGAGGUGCUGGAAGGGACGGUCAGCACCCGCAUCGAGGGCACCCAGUCAGUGACCAGAGAGGCUGAUAAGAUGUGGCUAGUUCGUCUUUUAGAAAUAACUAGGAAAUAUGUUCUGGAUGACCUGAUGGUCGUCAAGAACCUGAUGGUGCAGUGCUUCCCCCAGCACUACGACACCUUCAACAGAUUUUUCGGUCUCUACCACAAUGCGGUGUCCUCUCGCGUCAAAGAACUGGCCUCUGAGGACCUGGAGGCUAAUGAGAUCGUAUCCAUGCUGACAUGGGUGCUCAACACCUAUAAGAGUGCAGAGAUGAUGGGCCAUCCUGAUCUGGCUUCAGAGUGUGACAUCAACGCUCUGGAACCUCUGCUGCCUCAGGACGUGGUGGACGACCUGCUCAGCAAAUACGUCAAGACUUUCACAGUACGCACCUCACACACUCACAGAAACACCAACUUUCACACACUUUACGUCGGACCGCUGUUUGGAGUCCCUACAUUUUCAAACUGUAAAUUGGCAAAGAAAACAUGUUGCAGCUCUUCUUUAAGUGAAGUGUGGAUCCAGACACUGUCUGACUGUCCGUAUGUUCAGUCUAAUAUCACAGGCUGGCUGCGGAAGGCUCUGGAAACAGACAAGAAGGACUGGCAGAAAGACACAGAGCCUGAGGCCGACCAAGACGGAUACUACCAGACCACACUACCUGCCAUCGUCUUCCAGAUGUUUGAGCAGAACCUGCAGGUCGCUGCACAGAUCGACGGGGAUUUCAAGGAGCAAGUUCUGAAGCUCUGCCUGAAACAGAUGAACUCUUUCCUUAUCAGGUACCGAGAGGAGGCGAUGACCUACAAAGAGGAGCACCUGAGGGACAGACAGCUGCCUCAGUGCUACGUUCAGUACAUGAUCGCCAUCAUCAACAACUGCCAGACAUUCAAAGAGUCCAUCAACAGUCUGAAGAGGAAGUACUCCCAGUCCUCGGAGCCCACUGACAGUGAUGCUGCCAUCGAGAGGACGCUCAACGAGGUGGCCAAGGACGGCUGCCAGUUCCUGCUGGACGAGGUCUUCCUGGACCUGGAGCAUCACCUGAAUGAGCUGCUGACCAGGAAGUGGCUGAUGGGCUCUCACGCUGUGGACACCAUCUGUGUGACGGUGGAGGACUACUUCAACGACUUCAACAAGAUCAAGAAACCCUUCAACCAGGAGAUGACGAGCGAGGCCCUGCGCCGGGUGGUGGUGGAGUACAUCAAGGCGGUGAUGCAGAAGAGGAUCACCUUCAAGAACGCUGAUGAGAGGAGGGAGGGGGCCGACAGGAUGAUCAAGGAAGCGGAUCAGUUCAAGUUCCUCUUCAGGAAGCUGGCUGCUGGGGAAGACACAGAUCGGCUGUGUGGGGCCAUCGCUGCCAUUGCUGAGGUGUUCAAACUGACUGACCCCACCCUGCUGUUCCUGGAGGUCACCACGCUGGUGUCCAAAUACCCUGACAUCAGGGAGGAGCACAUCCAGGCGUUGCUGGCAGUGCGUGGUGACGCCAGCAGGGAGAUGCGGCAGAUGAUCAUUGGGACUCUGAGCGAGAACAAAGUUUCCUACUCUGCUGUCACACAGCCCAUCUUCAAAGACAUCUCUGUGCCAACCAACACCAUGACGACCAUGACCUCCAUGGCAACCGCAAAGCUGCUCAAAUAAAGCCAGUCACCAUGACACUAUGUCCACCUUCAGCACCUUCAGAAUCCGUAACAUAAGCAAUUGUAUUGUAUUGUUUGAUUCAGUUUGCUUGGCUUUCUGCCCCCACCCUUCAUUUUCUUUUUAUUGUCACCUUGAUCACUUCUGUUUUAGCGAAAUAAUACAAUUGUAGUUGUAAACAUGUUGGAUGAAAGAAAGAGAAUGAAUAAAGAAAUACAUCUUCAAGUUUAUAA